AAAAUGUUUUUGCUCCAAGUUUUUCUUAUUGUCUUGCCUGUGUUGGCACUGGCUCAGACACAAGACCAAUAUCAACAGAUGGCUCAUUCCCUUUUCUUGGAGUCAGACGCCAAUAAAGAUGGUAUCAUUGAUAGAUCGGAGAUCGACGCCAAUUUCAACGGACAAGACGCUAACAAUGAUGGCCGCAUUUCAAGACACGAGUUUGUGACCUACACCACUAGCCACACCGAUGACCAACUGCUGAUCAACAUCGCCAAUUCUCUUUACGAUCGCUAUGACGUAGACGGUGACCACCACCUGGACAAACACGACUUCGACAACUUCUACACCCUGCUGGACGGCAACGCCAAUGGAGUAGUGACCGAGGAGGAGUUUGUUCGAUACUGGUCCAUCUUUCUGUCAGACCUUGCUAACCAACACGGACGCAAAUAGAUAACAAACUCUUGUUACUUUUUACUUGUAUAUGCUCAAUAAAUUUAGGCCUUUAUAAUUCUC